AUGGAUCCUGAAGAUAAUGAUUCCAUGGAAAAUAAUAAUAUAUCUACUCCUCUGGUAAUGGAAAACACUCCUUCAACGAAAAAUCAACCAGAACAAGCUGAGGAUGAUCAGCCUACUGAAAACAACAAUAAUAUUCCUAAUGAUAUUGAUCAUAGCAUUAACCAUAAUACUUAUUCGGAUAAUUUGAUCGAUGAUCCUGUAGAUGUUGAACUAAUAGAUGAAUCCACAGCAAAGGAUAAUAAUAACGUGAAUAAUAGUGACCGUCUAGAUCUAAAUGCUGCAACUAUUUACAAUAACAAUGUCACAAACCGAUCUGUCUUAGAAGAACAAAGACAAAUUGUAGAUGAUCUGUUGGACGAGUUUAAAAAAACUGCUCAAGAAGGUUCAAGAGUAUUCAUCAUUCCACAAACUUGGUACGUGAAUUUUUUGAAUGCUGAUUUAGCCGAAAAUCUAGAUCCUAUUAAUACAAAGUUAAUUUGCAAAGAUUUCGAUAAUUUCAUCUUCAAGGAUUAUAACAGAUUUCCUUAUGUAUCAAUUCCACAAUCUGUAUUUGAAAAAUUUUUUGAGUGGUACGGCUUAGCUGCAAACUCACAACCAAUUGAAGCUUUCUUAAUAUGGGAUAACGAAAACAAUACGCUGGUUACUGAAUUCAAUAGAUUAUCUUUCCGCCUUCACCAUCUAACAUUAUCAAAUCAAUCUCAAGGAACAACUUCCAAUUCUUAUCAUUAUCAUAAUAUGAGAGAAAGAAAUAAUGUAGUCUAUUUUAGCGCUUCAAGGUUUCAUACUGUUAAGCAAUUGACUGCUAGGGCACUUGAUGUAUUUCUUCAAACUGAAAAGCAAUUUGAUAAUGACACCACUAAUUUAAAAGUAUGGGUAGUUUCUAAUAAUAAGAAUAAGCCAAGGCCAGAUAAGGCUAAAAAUUCAAAUAACUCUACUAGCAUCGUUGACGACGAUAUAGCUGAUAUUGAUGAGGAAGCAGGCAAUGACGAUGCUUCAGUUUCAAAUUCAGUAUCUUCUGUGGAUGAUCCCAUAUUAUCAACUACAUAUAGAAUAAAUCCAAGACAAUUUAUUGAGUUUGGUUCCAAAAUUAGGUUAACUAGGGAACACUUCGAAACUAUUUUAAAGGAUUGUGAUUUUCCACUUGAAGAUUUUGUUAUUGAAGUUAAGCCAAAAGGUAAGCAACAUCAUUGGCUCUCGAACUACUUUAAAUACAAUUAUUUGGUGCCAUCGACUGGUACCUUAGGUUUAGUUAAUUUAGGCAAUACUUGCUAUAUGAAUUCGGCCCUACAAUGCUUAAUCCAUUUACCAAAGUUUAAUGAAUACUUCCUAUUGAACGGCUAUCAAAAAGAAAUUAAUUUAGACAAUCCAAUAGGAUAUCAAGGUAAUGUAGCAAAUGCUUUUGGGAAAUUAAUACAUAAGUUAUUUGAAGAACGGAUAAUUGAUAAUGAGUCAGAAAAAUCUUCCUUUUCAAUAAAUUCAUUCUCACCCACUAAUUUUAAAUCUACAGUUGGAUAUUGCAAUUCUAUGUUUUCAGGAUAUCUACAACAAGAUUCACAAGAGUUUUUGGCAUUUAUAUUAGAUGGAUUACAUGAAGACUUAAAUAGAAUUUUAAAAAAACCAUUUGUAGAAAAGCCAUCGUUACCAGAAAAUUCAAAUUACAAGGAUUAUAAAGUGAUUAAAAAGUUAGCUGAUGAUACAUGGGAGGCUCACUUAAAAAGAAAUGAUUCGAUUGUUACCGAUUUAUUUGUUGGGAUGUAUAAAUCUACUUUACAAUGCCCAGAUUGCCAUAAUGUUUCCGUAACUUUCGACCCGUAUAAUGACCUAACAUUACCAUUACCUGUAGAAACAAUAUGGAAUAAAGUUAUUAAGAUUUUCCCUAGUAAUUCUCCACCUUGUUCACUCGAAGUUGAAUUGGAGAAAACAUCUACAUAUAAUGAUUUGAAAGAAUACAUUUCAAGGAACACUGGAAUUGCUGCUAGUGACUUAUUUGGUUUUGAGAUAUUCUCAAAUACUUUCUAUUCAAAUUACGAAGCUCCUGGAUCCAAUGGCCAAUUUUUGCCGUUACAAGAGUUGAUAGCUGAUUCAGAUGAUGUGAUAUUUUAUGAAAUACCUGACAGAGAAAAUAAUAUAGUAAUACCAAUCUUAAAUAUGAAGAUAGACAAAGGUUUUCGAAGCCCAAGACUAUUCGGUGUUCCAUUUUUUAUUACAUUAACCAAUGAAGAAGCCUCAAAUCCUGGAUUUGUAAGAUAUAUCAUUGAGAAAUAUUAUACUAUGCUAAGUGGUGGUUUUAUUGAAUUUCCUUUAUUUUCGUCAUUUGAUGGUGAUACAAAUAUAUCUCAAUUACCUGAAUUAUCUAAAAAAUAUCCAGAUAUUGAUUUCACACUACUAGAAGAUUUUCUUAAAUACUCUAAUCCUGAUGAAAGCUCCAAAGUGAAUCAAUAUUUUGAUAUUAGAAUUUCCAAAGGUCUAAAUAAUGUUACCACUAUGAAGAGCAACACAGGACUCUUUGAUAAUUCAUAUGUAUGGACCCCUUCUAGCAGUCAACAAUAUGGAAAUGCUAAGGAUAUCAAAGAAUUUUUACACCCAGUAAUCAGAGAUAUAUAUGAUUAUGCAUCUUUAUUUCAAUCAGAGAACCUAUCGGAUGAACCACAUGAUAUUGAAUUGCCUGAAUUUAAUACCGAUUUUAACCAAUUAGUUAAUAAUUCCAACAAUGUUAUUAACAACAAUGUGGCAAAUGAUAUACCAUCAAAAAAUUCUCAUACCCCAAGCAUACAUUCUUCGGAACAACCUGAUUUACAACUUGACUCUUUACUGGCGGAUUUAACUGAGAAUAUUCAAACCAAUGUUAGCGAACUGGAUAAAAAUUUCAAGAUAAGCAAUAAUGAAAUAUCGACCAAUAACACAAAUCCUACUACUCUUGAUAACAUAAAUAUAGAUUCUUCCGUGCCAAAUGAUUUACAAAUUAAUAUGGAAGAUAUUGACAUAGAUAAUGCUCUUGAUAUACCAGAGCGUGUUGAUAGUACAGAAAACUACAGCAAACAAAUAUUAUUUAAUCAUGAUGUUAUUUUAUGCCAAUGGGAUGAUUCCAGAAUUAAUACUGUAUUUUAUGAUGAACAAAGAUUCACAAACUGGGAAAAGCCUGCAGUAUUAAAGAAUACAGAAUUGGAAAAGAAAAGAGAAGAACAGAUAUUUGAGAAGGAAAAAACAAUUUUACUGGACGAUUGUUUAAGAUUAUUUUCCAAACCAGAAAUUUUGGGGCUCCAAGAUUCAUGGUACUGCCCAACAUGCAAAGAUCAUAGACAAGCUACAAAACAGAUAGAACUUUGGAACACACCUGAUAUUUUAUUAAUUCAUCUUAAACGGUUUGAAAAUCAACGGUCCUUUAGUGAUAAGAUUGAUGCUGUUGUGAACUUCCCAAUUACCGACUUGGAUUUAACUCCUCAUAUCGUGUGUACAGAUCAGGAGAAAUCAAAUAUCUAUGAUUUGAUAGCUGUCGAUAAUCAUUAUGGUGGUCUAGGGGGUGGCCAUUAUACAGCUUACGUAAAGAAUUUUGUGGAUCAGAAGUGGUAUUAUUUUGAUGAUUCAAGAGUAAGUCUUGCAGAUCCGCAACGUAGUAUCAGUGGUUCAGCAUAUUUAUUAUUCUAUGUGCGUCGUUCUUCGGAAAAUCCCAUCAAACACCAAACAUUAGAUAAAAUUUUAGAAGAAUCUCGUAAUAAAUAUUCUGAAGAGUUGGAGGAACUAAGAGCGAAACAGGAUUUGUUAUAUGAGACGAACAGGACAGAUACUGAAUCUGAAUCUGAAUCUGAAUCUGAGCUUGAAACCAACAGUGAUAGUGAUUCCAGAACAGAUAGUGAUGACUUGCAAACUGAUGCAAGUCCUGAAGAAAAAAAUAAACUGUUAGAAGAAAAAGGACUGAAAGAAAUAAAUACAAUAUCAGAUGAUUUACAAGGCGACUAUAUAGAAUUAGCAAAUGAUAGCGAUACUGGUGAAAAAAUGAACUCCAAUAAUAGUGACAUGGAUGUUGAUACCGAUGAUGCUCCUAUCGAAAAGACAUCAGAUAAUCUGGAAGAUAACCCUCAAAAUUCACAUGAUUUUUCAGUGAAUCCUACUAGAUCUGAAAAUUACUGCCAUGAAAGUUUGGAAGUUGGCCAGACCACAAAACUUGAAGACACUGAUCGUUCCGAAGAUAAUACAGGAAGAAGAAAAUUGAGAUUACUAAAUCGUAAUUAUGGAAAUUGCAUCGACUCAACAUCUUCAUCUAAUGGUAGCAAUAGUGACCAUGAACUAUUAGCAAACGAUGCUUCUAGUGUCACAGGAUCAAUUUCAGGACAACUUAAGAAAGAUGAACCAAUUAUUGCCAAAUCACCAGAAAGUGGCGAAGAGUUUUAA